UAUUCAUCAACAUUAGAUUGUUUCACAAGCCUUCUGGAAGCGUUUGAUUGUCGACGAUUGAUUGAGUGCGGAUCAAUUACGCGCUGUUGGAAGUUUUCGUGACCCUGUUUUAUUCGUGUGCGAUUUGUCUCACGUAUCGCCGGCAAGAUGGUGCUCGAGGCGACCAUGGUCUGCAUGGACAACUCAGAGUGGAUGCGGAACGGCGAUUAUUCACCUACUAGGUUUCAAGCUCAAGCUGAUGCUAUAAACCUGAUUUGCGGCGCUAAAACUCAGUCGAAUCCAGAGAAUACUGUCGGUGUUCUGACAAUGGCAGGUAAAGGCCCACGAGUUCUUAUCACUCCAACCAACGACUUGGGAAAGAUCCUCCAAGCUCUUCAUGGUUUGGAAGUUGGGGGCGAGAUGCGUAUGACAUCGGGAGUUCAAGUUGCUCAGCUAGCGUUGAAGCAUCGCCAGAACAAGCAUCAGCGACAGAGAAUUGUUCUUUUCGCGGGCAGUCCUGUUCUGGCAGAUAAGGCGGUCCUGGAGGGAAUGGGAAAGAAGUUGAAAAAGAACAACGUGGCUUUGGACAUAGUGAGUUUCGGUGAAGAUGAUGGUGAGAAAGUUGAAAAGCUUGAAGCAUUAUUGAAUGCAGUCAACAAUGGUGAUAAUAGCCACAUCGUACAUAUUCCAGGAGGAGAAAGAGUACUUUCUGACGUAUUGAUCAGUUCUUCUAUCUUUACUGGUGAUGGAGAAGGUGGAAGUGGAUUUGCUGCAGCUGCUGCCGCAUCUGCUGCCGCGGCUGCCGUUGGUGGUGGAGGUGGUGCAUAUGACUUUGGUGUGGAUCCAAAUCUGGAUCCCGAGCUUGCCCUUGCCUUGAGGGUUUCCAUGGAGGAAGAACGAGCUCGUCAAGAAGCUGCCAUGAAGCGAUCCGCUGAAGACUCAACAGCCAAGGGGCAACAAGCUGGGGAGAGCUCCAGCGCUCCUGAUGUGGCCAUGUCAGAUGUUGGUCUUGUAGAUACUACGGACAAAAGUAAAGAUAUGAUGAUUGAUGAUGAUACUGCUCUUUUACAACAAGCUAUCGCUAUGUCCAUGGCUCAGGCUGCGCAGGCAGCAGCGGCUGCAGGUGGUGGGCCUGCUACUACUGAUACUUCUAUGGAAGAAUCAGGCGGAGACGACCAAGACCUUGCAUAUGCUCUGCAGAUGUCGAUGCAACAAGCAGCUGCUGCAGCAUCCGCAGCACAGGGGAGUGCCGAUGUGAACCAGGUUCUGGGUGAUCAGAGCUUUGUUUCUUCUGUGCUUUCAUCGCUCCCUGGAGUAGAUCCAAAUGACCCAAAUGUUCGGGAUGUUUUAGCUUCUCUGCAGACAGACGAGGGGAAGAACGAUGAUCAAGCAACAAAGGAUAAGAGCAAAUGAGUAUGGAAUUAAAGUUGGAAGUUCUAGAGGACACAGGACCCUUUCUUAAGGGUUCGUCUUUUAGUUGCUCUUAAUUAAUGUCCAGAUGGAAGCUCCCAAUGCAUGCUUCUCAGUUUGCCUCCUCAGCUAGGGUUCCUGAGUUGAGCUGCGUGUACUGCGAAGUGACUCUGUAAGUACAAAGACGAAAUUGCUGAAGGCCCCCUGUUGCCAGGAAAUCAAUUAAUUUUAUGAAGAUUUACUGAACAGAUUUGUACCUGGAUGUGGCAAUGAAGGAAUGUAGGAAAUCUGGCUAGGAGGCAAUUUGCUUCAGGAUAUCUAGGGCAAAUCACCUCUAACGCGCUUUUGCUCAAUCCCUUCUUGACUUUUUG